CAGCUGUGCCCAGGAGGAGCUCCUGAGCACCACACAGCAGGGCUGGGGCCAUGACCAUCCGGAGAUGGGGAGGAGAGAAGGAAGAAAGUUUAGAUGUUGUGUGGCACAAUAGCAGGCUGAGAGCUCACUGGAGGUGCAUUUCUCACUAUCCUUGACAAGGUCCUGGUGCCCAGAAGUCCCAGAUGGCCAACAGCAGCUCCAUCAGCGAGUUCCUCCUCCUGGCGUUGGCAGACACGCGGCAGCUGCAGCUCCUGCACUUCUGGCUCUUGCUGGGCAUCUACCUGGCUGCCCUCCUGGGCAACGGCCUCAUCAGCACAGCCGUAGCCUGCGACCACCGCCUGCACACCCCCAUGUACUUCUUCCUCCUCAACCUCGCCCUCCUCGACCUGGGCUGCAUCUCCACCACUCUCCCCAAAGCCAUGGCCAAUGCCCUCUGGCACACCAGGGCCAUCUCCUACGCAGGAUGUGCUGCACAGGUCUUUUUCUUUGUCUUCUUCAUCUCAGCAGAAUAUUCCCUUCUCACCAUCAUGUCCUAUGACCGCUACGUUGCCAUCUGCAAGCCCCUGCACUACGGGACCCUGCUGGGCAGCAGAGCUUGUGCCACCAUGGCAGCAGCUGCCUGGGGCACUGGGCUUCUCAAUGCUGUGUUGCAAACUGCCAACACAUUUUCCCUGCCUCUGUGCCAAGGCAAUGCUGUGGAUCAGUUCUUCUGUGAAAUCCCCCAGAUCCUCAAGCUCUCCUGCUCAAAAUCCUACCUCAGCGAAGUUGGGUUACUCCUUUUCAUUCUCUGUUUAUCAUUUGGGUGUUUUGUCUUCAUUGUUGUGUCCUAUGUGCAGAUCUUCAGGGCUGUGCUGGGGAUGCCUUCUGAGCAGAGACGGCACAAAGCCUUCUCCACGUGCCUCCCUCACCUGGCCGUGCUCUCCCUGUCAGUCAGCACGGGCUUUUUUGCCUACGUGAAACCCCACUCCCAAUCCUCCCCAUUCCUAGAUCUGGCAGUGGCACUUCUAUACUCUGUGGUUCCUCCAACACUGAAUCCCAUUAUCUACAGCAUGAGGAACAAGAAGAUCAAGCAUGCCCUCAGCAAACUGUUGCAGUAUGUGCACUAUUCCAGCUUCAAUAAAGUGCCCAUCUUCCUCACAUGAUUCCCACUGAUGCUUCUUCAUAUUUUAUGUAUGUUUGAUUUUUUUUGUUUGUGCAAGUGUGAUACAGU